UUCAGUGCUUAGCUCCAGAAGCCGCUUUCAAAACCGGAAAGAUAGGAAGGAAAGCUCGGCGAGGCUUCUGCGCUUGCUCGACUCUUUCUCCCCCUCCCUCCCUAGCCGAGCUCCUCCCAUAGGGAAAAAGAAGAAGCUGCGCUACGUCUCUUUCUGAAAUUAGCGGGAGGUGGAGAAGAUGUCACUUAACUUGGUUGAUGCAGAUUUCUUUUUGGAAGAAAAUAAAUUCAAGCAAUAUUGUACAGAAUUUAUCCAGUAUUCACAAAGAAUGGGAGAUAAUUGGCAAUGGAGAAGCAUAAAGGACUCUCCUGAUGGUUACAUGAGUAAAACACAUUUUCAAUUGAAAGACAAAGGUGUCUCUUCAGGCAGAGUGGACAUAGUAAAUGAUGAACCAACAUUUACAUCUGUUGAAGGAGGUCUGGAUGACUCUCAAGAGGCUGGAGUCUCUGAAGUAUCAGAAGUGAUUUGCUAUGAAUAUCAUGUUCUGUAUUCUUGUAGUUACCAAGCUCCUGUUCUCUAUUUUAGGGCAUGUUUUUUAGAUGGAAAACCUUUAACUCUGGAUGAAAUAUGGAAAAGUGUGCAUGAAUGCUAUAGGGAUCGCCUCUGGCAAGGACCAUGGGAUACCAUUACACAACAGGAACAUCCAUUUCUUGGUCAGCCUUUCUUUGUACUUCAUCCCUGCCGGACAAAUGAAUUUAUGUCUCCAAUGUUAUCUAGUUUACAUAAAGAAAAAAAGCAUACAAACUACAUUAUUUCAUGGUUGAGUAUUGUUGGUCCAGUGGUGGGUCUCCAUCUGUCUUUGAGUUAUGUAAAAGCCAAUUCUGAAGAGACUACAAGUGUUGAUUAAAGAGAUUAUGUACGGAAACAUGGAUUUUGGGUGGAAUAUGAAGUGUCACAAGCUUUGUAAUCUUUCUCAUGCUUGGAGCUAAGGAUAAUACAAAGGUGGCCUUGGUAGAGACCAUGUUACAUUGAUGUAUGUCUGAUGAACACCCAGCUUAGAAAUAAGUUUUAAUUGCAAUUAGCAGGAUACAUAAAGCCAUCAGGAUACUAAUACUGAUUCAUAUUAUAAUUUCUUUGGUUUUGAUAAGUGGAAAAAAAAACAUUCCUCCUCCAAAACAGAUAAGAGGACUAUAUUGGAGCAACGUCUAGGACAAGUACUUCAAAUCAUAGAAAGAACAUAAGCAACUGCCAAAGAUACCUGAAACCAGCAAAAGUAAUAACCAUUUCUCUAUCUUGACUGCUGUUGUAGCUUAUGCAAACUUAUGAAAAGGAAUCAUUUGCGUGGACAGUUUCCUUGCUGCAAGACUCAUGAGCAAAACUGGUAUUACAAUUUAACAUACUUCUUUUGAAGAUUUAGUAUGAAAUUCUGAUCAUGCAGCAUGUUAAUAGGCUAGUGAGGAAGGAAAACUAUUACUGGCUACAGCUUUUAUUUAGUAUAUAUGUGUUGUAAUACUGUAUAUUUAGCAAAGCUAAUAUUUAUUUGACCAAUUUGUAUAUUGUGGUGGCAACUUUAUUUGUUGUUCAGGUGUCUUUCCUGUUCCUGCAGAAGUGAGGAACUUCAAUAUAAAAAUGCAGCAAGGGGGACAGCUUUUAACAACUUACUUUUUAUGGUCCAUCAAUCAAAUGCCUUAGCCUAGGUCUCAUACCAGAAGUAAGACUGGGAAGAAAUUACCUAAAGGGUCAAAGAUUUAGUUCCUGUAUCUGGAUGUCAUUCUCAUUUUAUUUUUAAAUAAUAUGGCAGCUGCUUUCACACCUAC